GGCCCAAACAAAAAUUGUAUAAAAAUUUUUAACGCCAAAAAGUUUUUUUCUUCAAUUUCCGGUGAAAAAAAGCGUCAAAAUAUCCUGAAAAUCUCCAAAAACAAUCCCAGAAAGAUAAGGAUUUGUGAACCAUAAGCGAAUUUGUUUGAAACACCCGGAAAAAAUGCCUUUUUUCACUUCCGGCAACAAGAAAUGAAGUCAGAUGAUACGGAAGUACUUCUUCUGAUUCCACCUGAUUUCUUUCUUCUGCAGGAUUCCGAGGAAUCUGCCCGGAAUUCCCCUUUUAGCUGUGAAACAGAGUUCCAGGAACCCUUGGAGUACACAUAUCCUGAACAUUGGCAAGUGGGGCAGCAGCAGCUGAGUGAACGAAUGGAGGGUUCGGUGUCCUUUUUGCGUGAGAUUGACUCAUUCCUGAAGGAUCACGGAGCUGAGAGAACACCUGGAAAUCAAUCGGGGAAGUCUAUAAUCAAUCUCAGUGACAUUUCAAUGAGAGAUCUUCAGCCCCUGGGCAGGAGUGGAGAUUUUGAGACGAUGCCAAGGGGUGAUUUGCAUGAGAAGGCACAGAAUGCACUGCAAAGGCACACGGAAUCAAUGGGCAGAAUGAGGGGAUCGAGGGAUUUUGAGACUUCUACCCCGGCAGUUAAUAGAAGUCUCAAUUUCUCAUCAAAUGGCCAAGAUGCUACUCUGAUUAAUCUCAGUGAGCUCUGGUGCUCACAGGGGGCAGCCAGAGAGGCAGCUAGUCUACAAGAGGAGCGCCUUCGAAGGGAGCACUGUGAGAAGAGCAUCCAUUUGCUUCAGGCACGUAUCCUGGAGUACCAGCAGAAGCUUGCUGUUGCCAUGGAGGUGGACAGGACAAAGAAUGAAACCAUAGCAAAGCUAAAGGACAAUCUUGCGCGUAUUGAGGCUCAAAAUAAUCACCUUAAAACUGAGCUGAGGGACAGGAAUGGUGAGCUUGAGCGAAGAUGUGCCUUCCUGGAGGCAGAGCUGGGAAAAUCUUCAGAACUCACGCGAGAUCUUCAGAACAAGAAUGAAGUGUUUCAUGCAAAAAUUAUUCACCUCACAAAGGCAAAUGACGACGUGAAGGAGAUUACGAAGAAGCAGAUGGAGGAUCUGCAGGUGAGGCUGUCGAACAGCCUGAGAGUUGAGCAACUACUGAAUGAUGACCUUGUCAAGGCCAAGAAAGACCUCGAGGAGGGAAAAACAAAAUUGCACGACAUAGAGAAGGAAGUGCAGGAAGCAAAAACGGCCACUGAAGCUGUUCUCAAGGAGAAAUCUUCCCUCCAGACGGCUUUUGAUCUUCUCAAUGAAAAAUUGAAAUCAAUCUCCGAUGAUACUCAAGCACAGCAAUCCUACCUAAAAUCCUACUACCAGGAACAACUGAACAGCGUAGUGGCGGAGAAAGUGAAGGAAUUCCAGCUACAACUUGACACAGCUGAAGCUGAAGCUCAGAAUCUGAAUCUUCUGUGUCAGAAGCAGGAAAAGGAGAUCGCCCUGCUCAGUGAGAAGCAUUCCGAGGAGCUCUCCCUGAGCCACCUGCAGUUAGUUGUGGCAACAAAAACCAUUGAAGAGCUGCGUGAGAAGCUGAGUCAGCAUGAGAGUCGUCGCAUGGAUAUUGCACAGCGUCUGCAUGGCGUCAUGGAGGUACAGUGGCAGAAAGCCCUCGAAAUCCUCUCGAAUCCCACUCCUGACCAUACAGCUCGUGCCCAGAAAUUCUCUCUGCGUGAGGAUUUCUACCAUCCUCCCUCGCGGGAUUUUUCACUUCCACCAAAACAUUCGCGAGAGAAGCGCGAAGACCCAGAAGAUCAGCUUCAGGAGCAAAUGCAGAAUUUCAUGAAGGCAUUGCUGAGGAAAUCCCUCACAGAGAUGAACCAAGAACCAAUAAGAGAUGGAAAUGCAUGCGAGGAUAAAGGUGGUGACAGACUUCCGUCCAAGAUGAGAAGCAAACAACGACCGUGGAGGUAAAAAAAAAAACAUUUUCUGCUUCAAUUUUUUACUUGAUAAUUUUUAAAUAAAUGUUUUUUACAAAUCGAGUGAGAAAAAAGAUGAAAAUCAUGGAAAAUAUCAAAGACAAUCGCUAGAUUAAAACCUAAUUCCCCCAAUUUCCUUAAAUUAAUAUCACUUUUUCAAUAAUUUUUAUAUUUUUUUAUGAAAUAAAUAAAAAGAAAUCAA